UCAAGUUGCACUUCUAGAAAAAGUAUAAUGGCAACUAAAGUCUUGACUACUUUGAACAAACAGAAAAAAUACAUAUUGGAAAAGUUUUCAAGUUAUUCGUUUACAAUUUUCAAUUCAAAUGAAUUUGAUUUAACUGUUUGUAAGUUAUUAAAACGAACAGAAAGAUUGACUUUUGUUUUUCAACUUGACUUUAAUGGUCGAAGCCAAAGCAGCUCUGCAGUGAACACACUUGGUUAUCGUCGAUACAAAUGGAUGGACUGGUUCAUAACAGUCAACUGUUUGAUGAAUGUGAUAAGAUUUGCUGUACUUAGUUUUAGUUCAAGUGAUUCAGUUGCCAUUUACCUUGGCGAUCCAUUGUUUCGAGUUAAAGAUCGUCAAGCUCUAUUGAUGUGGGGCGCAAUGGCGAUCGCAAUGAUGUUUAUUUUUCGAGAAUGGAUUUUGAAUCUCAAUGCAAAAGGAAGCUUCGAAAUAUUGUCUGCAUGGAAAGUUUGUUUCAAUGGUUUCAACUCGGCCGACUUGCAAAUGAAUGAUCUCGAUGCCAAAAGAUUUCGUUUCACCAUCUUUUUAUUUUCUAUUUUUUCGCAUAACGUGAUGCUAUUUAUGCCUUUCUUUGCAUUAUUCAUAUUUUUUAUACCAUUACUUUCCAAUCCUUGGACAUACAAAAUACCUAAAUUGGCCUUUUUUGGUUUUGGUUUGUCCGUUUCAUCCAUCUUUGUUUUCGCACUUCUUUUAAAUACGGUAAUGGGAUUCUUCUGGUACAUAGUUUGCUCUAUUUACUUCUAUCUCUUUCGGCUAUAUGAUCUACUGAACUCGGCAGAAGACUUGAAUCACCAAUUGGUCGAUGAAAAGCAACUUGGAUCGUUUUGUGUGUCAAUCAUUCGUCAUCUUAACGAAGUUGAAGCUGUUUCUUAUAAGUUUCGCUAUUUACUGUUGUAUUAUCUAUCAAUUUUUGCUGCCGCAGGUGACUUCGAUCUUUUCAUUGGAAUGAUUGUUAAAGUUUACAAUGAUUUUUUCGCAAAUCUGUUCGCGAUUCUCGGUUUCCUCAUUCUUGUAGCUCUUGGAACUUUUGGUUUAAUUUUUGGUAAUUUCAUCUCACAGCUGAAUAAGUUAACAGUUAAACUGCACCAACUAUCCACCAGGAGUAGACUUACGUUGGGCUCAGCAAACAAGCUUUUGGAGAUAAUGGACCGAACAGCCGGGCCAUACAAUGGCAUCAAAAUCGGAGACUUUGCGACUCUUGAGAAAAGUUUUGCGAUAUCGUUUAUAUUAGAAAAUAUAUCAAUUUUAAUGCUAUUUAUUUGCAACAUUGGACCUUCUUUGGAAUCUUCUAAAAGUUCAAUCUAA